AUGUCCGUGAGGACGCUGCCCCUGGUCUUCAUUAACCUGGGAGGGGAGAUGCUUUACAUCCUGGACCAGCGGCUGCGAGCGCACAACACGUCCGAGGACAAUUCAGAGAAAGGAGUUUGGUCAGAGAAUGACAGGAAAAGAGUGAUUAGCGACAUCGUCGGGACGUUGUUCAGCCAAUCCUUCAUGGACGAGCUGCUGAAGCCUCAGCAGCUGUACUCCCACCGCACCAUGAAGACCGUGCUGACGCGGCUAGCGCACGCCUCCAUCAUGAGGCUGAGCCCCGCCAGCAUGGACCGGCUGUACGAGCUGAUGAUCAUGGCGUUCAAGCACCAGGUCUUCGUCUGUCCGCGGCCCAAAGACCUGCUGCUCGUCUCCUACAACCACAUGGACAGCAUGCGGCAGCUGGUGAGAGACACGCCGGCGGUGGAGAACCGGGUGGAGGAGACGCACAGGAGGAUCCUGGAGGUGUACUCGGCGUUUUCAGAGGGAGAGCUUCAGCUGCUCAGACAGACUCUGCUCAUAUUCCUGCAGGACCUGCACGUCCGAGUUUCGCUCUUCCUCAAAAUGAAAAUCCAGAACCCAAACGGACGGUUCGCCCUGCCGGCCUCGGGCCCGGUGCCUCACAGGGUCGAUGUUCCCGGGACCAUCAGGAUGUUCGACUGUAAAGGUCGGGAGGUCAGACGCCGCCCGUUUCCCGCAGGAGGGAGCUACAGCUGCUCCGUCAGACCCGGGUCGUUCGAGCUGCACGGACCCAGGAGAACCAGGCUGGGCCUCAACGUGUACAGCAUGGAGCAUCCGGAGGAGACGCAGACGUCCAGAGCUCCUCCCGCUGAGGACAACACUCCCAACCUGCUGGCCAAGGAGGAGCUGAACCUGCUGGCCCGUCUGAUGGGCAGCAUGGACGCCCAGAUGUCUCCGGCGAAGGACGCCAGCUUUCGAUUCAACCUGUUCAACACGGUGGAGGAGGAGGAGGAGGAGGAAGAGGCCGGCCCGUCGUGUGACUGGAAGCGUCCUGCGUUCGGAGUGAUCAACAUCCAGGCCGUGCAGGACGAAGAGACGGCGUCCGAGCUGGCUCGGAUCGCCGGGCAGUUCGCAGAAAACGAAGAAAAUCACAACGACAACAAAGGAGACGACCUGCUGGCCAUGAUGGACAACCUCUGA